AAAAUGUAAAAAAUAUUCUCCAUUUUAUCAAUACUUCCAGGUAUCAAGUUAUGUUCGUACUAGAAACUCUCCGGCAGCAAGGUUUCCUAGAGCAGUGGGAGAAUAGUUGCCCAUACGAUCGCGUGGUGGUUUUAAAUAUUCUAUCAUCCUCUUCCUCCCUGAUUGGCGUCAGUGAAGGGCAAGAGGGUAAGCGGCUUGAAGGUAAGGGCGGGGCAAGGUUUUGUGGCUUUGUCUCUCCGAUGGAGUGAUUUUUAGGUUGUUUGUGGGCUAAGCGGGCUACCGACGUUAUACUAGUGUGUGGAGUAUUGGACUCCAUGGCCGGCGGCAAUACUGAGUUUUUCUAUUGAUGCGGCGCAGGACAGAAUCAUGAUGGCAUGAUGGUGGUUGGGGGUUGUUGUGAUUGUGUUUGGUCAAGGUAGAUCUGCAGCAAAUUGGGGUGUGACCAUCGGCUCUUGGUUGCUGGUGGUGUGGUGGUGCUGGUAGGUGGUGUGUUUGGUCAAGGUAGAUCUGCAGCAAAUUGGGGUCUGACCAUCGGCUCUUGGUUGCUGGUGGUGUGGUGGUGCUGGUAGGUGGUGGAACGGUGAGGGAGGAGCUGUGUUUGAGGGCUUGUUUGUUACUGUGGUGUUUGAUGGAGGCGAAUAUAGUUAUGUUUUCCCAUCUUGGGUGAUCGCUGCCAUUAAAGCUAUUAUUGGUAUUGGGUGUGUAAUUAGAUAUGUAUAGGACUUGGCUAUUUUUUUACUUGAAAGGCAGAAUAAUAGUUAGAUAUUGAU